UGUCAACUUCCGCUAUAUGACUUCCGGAAGGAUAUUGCCAUUAAAGGAAAUGUGUAGAAUUCUUUGAGCAUUUUCAGAUUAUUGCAUUUUCAGGGACUCGAUCAACAUGGCUAAUAAGUUGAAGAAAGUUAUAGAGGAAAAUCGGGAUAAGAGGGAUCCUGAAAUUGACCUUGUUGAUCGAGGAAUCGUUCAGCUGGGUUCCGACGUUCCCGGACUAAUGCACCUCAAUCACCUGACCCGCAUUACUGCCAGUCACAACAGGAUUGCAAAUAUUCCCGCUAACAUUGCAGACUUCAUUAACCUGGAGAUACUCAACCUGUUCAACAACUGUCUGGAAGAGCUGCCAUCGACGUUGAGUACGAUGCCGAAACUUAAAAUCUUAAACGUAGGGAUGAACAAACUAAGUGCUCUACCCCGAGGUUUUGGUGCCUUCCCUUCGCUGGAGGUGCUCGAUGCAACAUACAACAACCUGAAUGAACACAGCCUCCCCGGCAACUUCUUCUGUCUGGAUACACUUCGAGCCAUGUACUUUGGGGACAAUGACUUCGAAACUUUACCCCCUGAAAUUGGCAGACUUAAGAAUUUGCAAGUUCUUUCAUUGAGGGAGAAUGAUCUGGUCAUGCUGCCCAAAGAAAUCGGGGACUUGAUUCGGCUCCUCGAGCUGCACAUCCAAGGAAACCGACUCACUGUCCUGCCACCAGAGCUGGGCAACCUUGACCUUGUGGGCAUGAAGCAGGUGUUCAAGGCUGAAAAUAACCCCUGGGUGACCCCCAUUGCUGACCAGUUCCAAGUGGGCGUGUCCCAUGUGUUCGACUACAUCAGAUCUGAUACUUAUAAAUUCUUGUACGGCCGCCAUAUUGCAGCAGGCGCACAGCUACCUCCAAAGACAACCGACAAGUCCAAGAAGAUCAGCCGUGUUAAACCCAAAUGAUCUUCCCAACUGUGAUCUGCAGCCACAAAUAACUCAGCAUUUAUCUUUCAAUGAUAUAUUGCAUGCAUCGUCCAUGUAUCCCGUAGGAAUAUCAACAUGUUAGUCACUCAGCCUCUGAUAGAGCCCCCCUCUGAGCCAUGUUGGAGGAAACACUUCCAUCUCUGGGUCCCUAUCCACAAGCUUGUUUAGCAUUACGAGCGAUCGUAACGAUAUAGUUUAUCAUAGGAUUACAAUUGACAUAGGGACGUAAUGACGCUAUAUUAGUUACUCUAGUACAUCAUACAUCUCACAGCAGUCAUCUAUACAAGCUUGCAGAUGCCAGUGUUAUGGAAUACAGCAAGUAGGCACAGUGGGACCUUCAGUAGGUUUGCAGAGACUGUAUACAGUCAUACAAAAUAAACACUGCCAUUAUUCCAUGACAUUGUACAGAUGGAAGUGAUGUAGAAGAGGGAAUGAUGUCAGCAUGUCCCUAGUGUGAGUGGUUUGUGUACGAUAUUGUGUAAUUGUGGAUCUUUUAGCUGGAAAGGUUGAAUACCUCUUAAACAUGUUAAUUCAUAAAAUGAAACCUACUGAAUCCUUCAAGGUAGUGAAAGUUAGUAUAAAGAAUGUUCUCCCUGCUUCACCCAGCCCCUGGAGGAUAGGAACAGCAUUGAAGGCUACGGAAAUAUAGGAAGAAGGUUCGCUUGCUGAAGCCCGAACAGCUGCAUAGAGGGAUAAUCAGCUUAGUGAUCAUAGCAUUGACAAGAGUUGGGGAUCAAAGACAGUUUGUGGCAUAAAAACCUUGACCCUAACAGUAGUUGAUGAUCCCUACAGCCUGGACCCUCAUAAGAGAGGGUUUGGAUACCCUAUCCCACCUGUCUUGUGUAGCCCCUGCCUGUAUACUCCGUUUCUCCCAAUGUAGACUAUGUGUUAGCUGCUGUCUUUAACAUGACUUUUAUGUGCCUUUGUAUGUUUAGCCAAUUGAACCAGACCACAGUACUGCCGGGUAUCUGUGACAGCAGUUGGCAUGGAUACUAACGAGGUGCUCGGCUUUGUUAGUCAUAACUGAUGUAUGUUAUCAUAAUAUAUGAAAUAUUUAUAAACAUUUUAUACUGUUGCCUUGUGCAUGUAGAUGAAUAAAUCAUAACUGUUGAA